AUGGGUCUUCGUUGGUCGGAGUUACUUCGUCUGAAGUACUUUGACAUUACAAGAUUUGUUGUUGUUGAUGCCAUGCACAACCUUUUCCUCGGACUGAUCAAAGAGCACUUUGAAGGUGUUCUAGGGCUUCGUCUGGAUCCAAAGGACUCUAAAAAGAAGAAGCAAAAGAACACCACCAUUUUGAGUCUCCAAAAAGCCAUUGGGUGGUUGGAGGAGCCACUGCAAGAGAGUUUGAAAACUGACAAUGGCUGGAAAACAUGGCAUAAACAGUUUAACAAACUUCAAGGAAGUGUCCUCAUCUUUCUUUGUUCCAAGCUACAGUGUCCAAUCAUCACUAGGCCACAAGAAGAAAAAAGAAAACGGAAGGUUCACUGGACAAAUGAGCUCCUAUUUUGGCGCCAGAGCCAGAAUGAAUCACUGAAUGCCAGCAUGCCCAUUUCUCACCACGAGCAAGUCUUUACAAAGGCAGAGAUUCAAGAAAUACGGAAAGACAUUUCCUCCAUGAUAACCCCCUCGUGGCUAACACCAGUCCCCAAAGAUCUGGGUGAGGCAGCACACGGAAAGCUAAAAGCAGAUCAAUGGAGAGUCUUAGGUGCCACCUACUUUCCAUCCACCUUAAUUCGCCUUUGGACUGCAGGGGGUUGUACAGAUGAUCCAUCUCAACGGCGCAACGAGAUCCUCAAAGUAACCAUGUCAUUAGUCCUUGCCGUCAUUGUGGCUUCAUCUCGCGUUUCUUCCGAGGCAAAUGUGGAUCGGUACUUGGCCUUGAUCAUUGGCUACAUGGACGGGGUGCACAGGCUAUUUCCAAAGUACAACUUCCAUCCAAAUCACCAUAUGGCAGUUCAUAUCCAUGAGUUCCUUCGCUUUUAUGGGCCGGUACAUUCAUGGUGGACUUUUCCGUUUGAGCGGGUCAUUGGCAUGCUGCAACGAAUACCUACUAAUUUCAAAGAAGGAGAGCUUGAACAGACUAUGUCGUGUUCUUUCAACCGCUCCGCCAAUAUCCGGGCACUUAUCAGCAAAUUGGGCUGCCCAGCAGCUGUACGGGAGUGCCAAGCUGCAUUCGGACAACUCAUCAAUCCACGAGUAAGGAACACCUUCCUCACAGACAUGCAUACAUGGCACUCAGCGCAGAUUGACGCUGACGAUGAUCUCUUGACCGUGUAUACGAACCCGGCUGAAGGCUCAACUCCGAUACCUCAGGAACUGUACAACCCUCUUCAAGACUUUCUAGGUUAUCUGCCAAAAAAGGCCAAGUUUUUCCGCAACAUUACCAUGAAAGGCCUCACGUUUUCAACCGCAAAGCAGCACCUGGGCAACAGCUGUGUCCUCAUAAAGGACCGGUCCACCACCACCACAGCAGGCAUGCGUUGGCUGGAUUAUCGUUCCGUUGACCUUGUCAAUGCUGUCUCAUUCUUCACUGUCAUGGUAGACAUGUGUCGACUGGAUGCUCGUUCCGUUGACCUUGUCGCUACCACGACAAUCCACUUUCAUACACAUGCCAAAUUGCAUCAGCACUCCGACGUGACCCUCAAUGAUUCCCCCUCAUUCUACAACCAUCUCCAUUUGUCUACCUGGGUACAUGAUGGACCUGAGGACAAGCUGCGGAAGCUCAACCAUAUCUUCGACAGUUGUUCUCCCAAACAAUAUCGCUCGGUCGACUGUGACUGGUGGGCGCGAUCCUGCACCAUGGUGGCACUGACUUACCCUCGCCUUCUUCUCCCAUACCUAUUUCCGCUUCCGCUUCGUCUCCGCCAUACAUUCCUUUCCAUGAACGAUCACAGCUCAUCCAGAGACUCGUCCUCAUCUCCUCCUUCCCCCGACGUCAAUGUGCUCCUCGUGCAAGCUGACCUCGCCAUCACCAUAUCCCACAAGCUCCUUCGCGAAGCUCCUUUGCAAUGUUAUGCCAGCGCGAAUUUGAGCAUAUACUAA